GCAGUGCGUGUGGCAUCCCGAUAGAGCAAGAGAGGAGUAAGUGGCAGUGCUGGGUGGCGGGAGCGCGGCUGUCACUGCGCUGGAGCAUCCCUGAGCUUCUGAACAGAGCCGAUCAGCCAGCCAGCGGUGCGCACAGCAGCAAGCCGGCGCCGAUCUCCUCCGUGUCUCCGCUCAGAGAGACCGAUCCUCCAAGACUUCGCACAAAGCACGUUUUCCAAAGCAGCGCGAGGGAGCGCCCAGCCGCGUGCAGGCGGACGCACCCUUCCUGUCCUUUGUUCCGGGGGGGAUCUGCAACUGCUCUUCUCCCCAAUUCGAGUGUCUUCUCCCGGGGUGGCGGGUCGCCGAGUGCAGCUACGAAAAUGCCUUUGGAACUGACCCAGAGCCGGGUGCAGAAGAUAUGGGUGCCUGUCGAUCACCGACCCUCGUUGCCCAGAACCUGUGGGCCAAAGCUGACCAACUCCCCAACGGUGAUUGUGAUGGUGGGCCUCCCCGCCCGGGGUAAGACAUACAUCUCCAAGAAGCUGACUCGCUACCUCAACUGGAUAGGUGUUCCAACAAAAGUGUUCAAUGUGGGAGAGUAUCGACGAGAGGCCGUGAAGCAGUACAGCUCUUACAACUUCUUCCGACCUGACAACGAGGAAGCCAUGAGAGUCCGGAAACAGUGUGCCUUAGCUGCCCUGAGAGAUGUCAAAAGUUACCUGACGAAGGAAGGAGGACAGAUUGCAGUUUUUGAUGCCACCAACACUACUAGAGAGAGGAGACACAUGAUCCUCCAUUUUGCCAAAGAAAAUGACUUUAAGGCCUUUUUCAUUGAGUCCGUGUGCGAUGACCCUACUGUUGUGGCCUCCAACAUCAUGGAAGUUAAAAUCUCCAGCCCGGAUUACAAAGACUGCAACUCGGCAGAAGCCAUGGACGACUUCAUGAAGAGAAUCAAUUGCUAUGAAGCCAGCUACCAGCCUCUUGACCCCGAUAAAUGUGACAGGGACUUGUCGUUCAUCAAAGUGAUUGAUGUUGGCCGGAGGUUCUUGGUGAACAGGGUGCAGGACCACAUCCAGAGCCGAAUUGUGUACUACCUGAUGAAUAUCCACGUGCAGCCCCGCACCAUCUACUUGUGUCGGCAUGGCGAGAAUGAAUACAACCUGCAGGGAAAGAUUGGGGGCGACUCAGGCCUGUCCAGCAGAGGCAAGAAGUUCGCCAACGCCUUGGGCAAGUUUGUGGAGGAGCAGAAUCUGAAGGACCUGCGUGUGUGGACGAGCCAGCUGAAGAGCACCAUCCAGACCGCGGAGGCGCUGCGGCUCCCCUAUGAGCAGUGGAAGGCACUCAACGAGAUUGAUGCCGGUGUGUGUGAGGAACUAACCUAUGAGGAGAUCAGAGACACCUACCCUGAGGAGUACGCACUGCGUGAACAGGACAAAUACUACUACCGCUAUCCCACAGGCGAGUCCUACCAGGACCUUGUCCAGCGCCUGGAGCCUGUGAUCAUGGAAUUAGAGCGCCAAGAGAAUGUGUUGGUCAUCUGUCACCAGGCUGUCCUACGCUGCCUGCUGGCCUACUUCCUCGACAAGAGUGCAGAGGAGAUGCCAUACCUGAAAUGUCCCCUUCACACCGUCCUGAAACUAACACCUGUUGCGUAUGGGUGCCGUGUGGAGUCCAUCUACUUGAAUGUAGAAUCAGUGAGCACACACCGGGAGAGAUCAGAGGCUGUCAAAACACAACACUUUGCCAGUGUAGUCAGACCUUCCUCUUACACCGAACUUGACUUUCUGUCUGUGGAGUCCGCAAAACAGGAUGCAAAGAAGGGACCUAACCCACUCCUGAGACGCAAUAGUGUCACCCCGCUAGCCAGCCCUGAGCCCACCAAAAAGCCUCGCAUCAACAGCUUUGAGGAGCAUGUGGCUUCCACUUCUGCUGCCCUGCCCAGCUGCCUGCCCCCGGAAGUGCCCACGCAGCUGCCCGGACAACCUUUGCUAGGGAAAGCCUGUCUACGAACUGUCUGUCACAUUUUUUCAAAGUUUUCUCCUUACUAACCUGGGAAAGAACAUGAAGAGCCCCUGGAGCGGCACUGAGUCUUCCCAGAAGUACUGAGCUGAAACACGGGUUCCAUUCCAUUUCUACAGCCCGCCUUGUGCCCGCUCAUCUGCCUGAGGCCAAAUGACCCCAAGGACUUCUGGACUGGGGGACAGUGGAGGUCUGCUGGCUGAAGAGUAGUAGCACCCCUUGAGAUGCUGGUGUGGCAAAGACAACUAGGAAGUUCUACAGACCCCAGCUUCCCAUGGCAAAGCUGCAGAUCUCCUCACCCUCUGUUCUCCUGGGACUUCCAGGGUGUCUGAGCUCACAGACCCCUCUGAAGCAUGGGGAGGACUGUAGUUCUAGAGGAGGUGGGAUCAGGCCCCUAAGUGGGGGUACUGGGUGCCACCAAGCUCUUCUGUUUUCUUUCUUGGAUCCUGGCCUGGCAUGUUGAUAGCUGGAAGACAAGACUGGUAGAUAAUCUUGAAAUUCAGAGUGACUUAGACCCCAGUUGCCAGAGGCUCAGGGAUGUUCAAACACUCACGUGACUUUUAUACAUCUUGGCCUGGGAAGAGGCCUCAAAGAUAAGGGACUUGGACACAUGCUGCAUUGGGUGUGGCGGUUCUCCUUCUGAGGAGUUCCUGAGCUCACUGGUCAGCUGAGCAAUGACAGGCCCUGGCUCCUCCAUUCCACAUCCCUUCUAGGUCUCAAGUUAGGGGACACACUGGGUGCCUCUGUGGAAGGAAGCUUUUUGCUGAAAAAUAACCGGGGCCCCCUCUUCCCAUUGGCCCUUAGGCCUUCUGUUCUCCGACCUGGGCCUGGAGGCACCUGAUCUGACCCUGUGGCUGGCUGUUUGUUUUGCACUUUCCUUCUUUUCUUCCUCUCUCCCUUACCCCCUCUCCCCCUCCCUCCCUCCUUCCUUCCUUUCUUCCCUCACCUUUUUCUUUUUGGGGCAGAAUUGUGACCAAAAGUCACACGCCACUUCAGGAACUUAGAUGGCAGGUGUUGGCCCUUGGAGGCUCGGAGCUGCUGAGUGGGAGGAGCUGGAGUGUCUGAGGUGGGGAGGCUCAGAGCCUUCAGCCUCAACCUCACACUUUACUUACAUUUCCCAAGAAGGGAUGGUGGUCCAAGUAGGGCUCGAUCCAAGCUGCUUGCUCCUAGAGCUGUCUCCCAUGUUUCGGCCUAGUAUCUGUUGUAUGCCUGAUACUACCUUGCUGGGCAUCUCAAGGAGUUCCCAAGAGUCGAAAAUUGUCCUUGUUGGCUUUGUGAUUUCUGCGACAUUUUUGCAUGGCCUGAAAGCAGUGCUGAUGUAACUACCUACUGUUUUUGUCUGCCUGUUUCUCCCCCUUUAUCCACCCAAGUUCUGGGGGAGGAGAGGACAUCCUGGAAGAAACCAUUUGGAAACUAUGGUUUUUGCCCAAAUGAACCUUUAAAAUGUGUCCCAUAGCUGGUGCCUUCUCCUAUCCUCCCCAGCUCAGGGGACAGGUCCUGGGGUGACACGAGGACAAGUUUUGGAUGCUUUAAAGUCACUUUGUGACUUUCACAGCUAACCACUCGAAUUCUCAGUCCAGCCCACUCUCCUCUAAAUCUAUGGUCACAGAGAGAGGACUAUAUACAUAAGACGGGGACUGUUUCCUCUCAGAGUCUUGACAAGGGUAUAUGCAGUGCGGACUUGUGCCCAGUUGUACACAGGCUGGUAAUACCUUUAGACCUGGGGACCUACAGUGUUGCAUUUGGCAGGUGGGUAGGAUCUUAACUGUGUAACCCAAACUAGCCUCAAACUUAAUGGCAGUCCUCCUGUCUCAGCCUCCCAAAUCCAGCACUGGGGAAAUAAGCUGAGCCUGUGAUGCCUGGUAGUGUGGCUUUGUUCGUUUCUUAGCUGCCCCCUUCUGAGCACAUCUACUCUCUAGUUACAGAACCAGCUCUUAGAACAUAGAGACUCUCAAGGCCGAGACAGGUAGGCAUGGUCCCCUGUGACUAACUUAAGUCAGUACGAUAAGCGAGAGCUUUGCCCGAUGUGACUUCAUGUCUUGUGAAGGCCUGUGGAGAAGAUCAGGAGAUUGUGAACGGGCGGAACAUAGCUUGAUCCAAGAUGCUGUGACUGUAUGGAUGGGGUGGCAUCACUCACAGAACUUCCACACUCCCACCAAAACCAAGGAAAUAAAAUGGGACCAAUGUUUUUAACUUUGCAUAUUUUUUGAUUUGGGGGUAGAUUUCUUCCAUUCCCUUAAACCAUGGACAACACCCUUCAUUUAUGAGGAGAAGAAAAACUGUUGGAACCACACCAAUGAUAUUUUCAUUUGUAAUACUUGAAAUUUAUUUUUUUAUUAUUUUGAUAGCAGAUGUGCUAUUUAUUUAUUUAAUAUGUAUAAGGGAGCCUAAAAAUAGAAAGCUGUACAGAUUGGGUUUAAUUGUUCAUUGGUUUGGGGCCUAUCUAUGUGUGAUUGAUGACUUCUUCAUGUUCUGUGUAAUUGUCUCUCUCAAGGACCUGGGAAGAAGCCAUGCAAGCUUUUAAACAGGAUAUGCCUUUCAGAAAUUUGUAUAUUUUGCAAUUGCUAGAACAAUAAAAACCUGGUUGAGAUAAA